GAGACACUGACUUGAAACAAUUCAACGAAGAAGAGAAAUACGGAAGUGGGCUGUGUUUUGGUUCCUGUCGCGGCGGGAAAUCUCACGGUGACACAUGACCAUGCCGUCCAAACAGCAGGAUGUGGCCAAAUCUAAUAUCUCCCCUACUCUCUUCUUGACCGUGGACGGUGAACCCAUGUCUUUCUUCCUGAGACCGGGUCCCGUCAAACACAAGCUGCAGCCGCUUAUCACAUCUGGAGGAGGGAUGAUGUGCAGUGUCCAGCAGCCAGGAGCAAUCCUGCUUAUUGACCAAGACGAACGAGACUCUAUUCCUGAAACUGCUGCUCACUGGUAUGUGUCCAUCAAUUACAUUUAUGACUGUAUCAAGCAGGGUAAACAUUUAAACGUUGAGGACUACAGGUUAAAUCCUGAAGACAUCCCGAGACAGUCUGCUAGACUCCUCAGCAAAGAGGGUUCUUCUGGCCUCACAGGAGGCAGGGCUCCCUAUACCCCUGAAGAAGAUGCAGCCAUUUUGAGUUAUGUCAGCAAGCACAGGAGCGAGACGGGGGGAAACCGGCUCUGGCAGGAGAUGCAGAAGCAGCAUGUGACCAGUCAUAGCUGGCAGUCGAUGAAGUAUCGUUAUAGGGUUCAACUGUCGAAGAAACUGUCUGAUGCUGAGGAGGUGGGAACCAAGGAGGAAAAUCAAGAGACAGAAGUUCCAAAAUCUUCACAUUCACCACAGCCAGAAGCUCUUCAGACAGAUCUAACACAGAUAGAUGAUCAGCCUGUACCAGCUGCAAGCUCACAUGUUGAAGCUGAAACAUCAAACGUCUCUCAGCCUGAGGAGCCUCUAGUGGAUCCGCAGGAAGAUGCUCCUAUUCCAGCUGAUAGCACAGAACCAGAAGCAGAAGAGACACAAGCAACCAUGUUUCCACAGAAUGAAAAUGUGCCAGAGGACUCCCUGCAGCCCCCAUUCAGCUCUUUUACCCCCCAAAAGCAGAAGGAGAAGCAGGGGGCUUCCCCCAAGCAGGAACAACAGCCCGAGCAUCAACCAAUGCGCAGGCAGCUUGAGGCGUCAUCAUCGCCUGAACCUUACGGCAAAAAACUCAGAUGGUCAUAUUCUGCUGAGAAACUGACGUCCUCCUCUCAGUCUGCAAAGAAAACAAAAACAGCUGUUAAAAAACACAAAUCAAUAGACCCACCUCCUUCAAAGAGAGCCAGAGGAAUGAGUGUGACAGCAGAGAGUGAAGAACUGGAGAGCGUAGAAACUGUCGUCUCUGAAACACCACAACCAGAUGAAGAGUCAAACUCGUUGGAGAAAGCAGAGAAGAAAAAAGAGAGGAGAAAGUUUGGGAUUCUGGAGUUGGCUACAAAGGAGUUUGAAGAUGAAAGUGAGUCUGGUCCUGCAGUUUCCGGUCCUGCAGCUUCUGAUUUUGGAGCUUUUGGUCCUGCAGCCACAGAGGCUUUUCAUGCAGCCUCCAGGGCCCAUCUUUUUAUAUUUGACACUGAAUCUCAGGAAGAAGACUCCCAUCCCCUCACUUGUGACAAUGCUACAGCUCUGUUCAACCCACAGCCACUAGUGAACAAAGACGCUGCACCAUCGAUCACUCAGGUCCAGUUAGAGGAAGAUAUGCAGCAACUCAGAGCGCUGAUGAAGCAAACCAAUCAGGACUUAGUUGAUGUGACUAAAGCCCUGUUGAGGACCAGUGGAGAUUUCUCUGCUGCGCUGGAACUGCUUUUGAAUCCCUACGACAUUAAUGGAUCCUUUUGGAAUCGCUAUGAUGACGGUCUUUUGAUCUCCGCUGAUCCUGUUGUCCGCCAGCAGCUGCAGGAGAAGUACGGUGAGAAGGAGUUGGCCAAAAGAAUAGUGUUUCUCGAGCUGGAGGGAUGAAGGAGGAGAUCUAGAGAUUUGAACAUUCCCAUUAUUUACAUAAAAUAACUAGUGUGGCAGUUAUCUCAUAUUUAUUCUGACUUUCUCUGACGAACUUCGAUUAAAUCAAAUUGGAGACAUUUGAGGAUAAGGAGUUUUAAAAAAAAUUCUAAGUUUGUAUGUCGAUGACAGGAUCUAUUGGGCAAUUCUCAAUUCCUUUGUGAACAGAAGCUUUUAAUGCAUUUCACGAUGGGAAUACUUUUAUCAUUUUGUUUUUUUAAUGUUUUUGUUUGUCUCAUUAAAUCGCUGGA